UAAGCAGUUAAAGAACAUGUUGAUUUCAUUUCUGUUUCACAAGAACCGAUUUAUCCAAUAUUGCUAGGCCUUUACCGUGCAUCGUUAUCUUCCAGUGGCACAGCGCCCACAAACAAUACAUUCUGGCAUAAUGUCAUACAAAUUUGAAUUUUCAACUGAUUUUAUUGGUAAACAAAUACAUAAAAGUGAGCGUGUGCACCUGAUCAUUCUCUGUCCCGAGCGUAUAUACAUAUGGCUUUCAAUCAAUGGAACAUUUUGUAGAUCUGAGUACUAGGCUUUAAGGUUUUUAUUGCUGGUCUCACUCUCUCUGCAAUUGAAGUGUAGUGAAAUGCGAUGCAUUAUCGAUAGAUCAGUGUUAUGUAAUUUGCAUAAUAUUCUAUAGGAUAUAUAAACAAAACAAAACAAUGCGAGUAAAUAACUUACUUAGAUUUCGCAGCACUUCUCUGCAGAGGUGCAGCAUCAAGCAGCAAUAUGUGCCACAGCACAAGCCGGCGCUGGACGAUGAUAUAAAGCGGCUGGAGGAUUUUUUGCUCUCAAAACCAAAUGUAGUUGUGUUGACCGGUGCAGGAAUCUCAACGGAAUCAGGUAUACCCGACUACCGUUCGGAGGGUGUCGGCCUGUACGCCCGCACCAACCACAAGCCCAUUCAGCACAUGGAGUUUUUAAAAUCGUCCAACGUACGCAAACGGUACUGGGCACGCAACUUUGUGGGCUGGCCGAGCUUCUCCGGUAAACAGGCAAACGCAACACACCAUGCUCUGUCUCGUUUCGAACGCGAAAUGCGCAUUCAGUCGGUGGUCACCCAGAAUGUCGAUCGCCUUCACACCAAGGCUGGCACCAAAAACGUGGUAGAACUGCAUGGCAGUGGUUACGUGAUAAAGUGCCUGUCCUGCGAGUAUCGCACUGAUCGCCACGAGUUUCAGCACAUAUUGGCCUCCCUUAAUUCCACCUUCAAUAAUGUGCUGGAAAUGACCCGGCCCGAUGGUGAUGUGGAGAUUCCACUCGAUUAUAUAGAAAACUUCAAAAUACCUGACUGUCCGCAGUGCGGUGGCGAUCUCAAGCCAGAUAUUGUCUUCUUCGGGGACUGCGUGCCCAGGCAGCGCCUCGAUAAGAUCGCUGAAAUGGUCUACAAUAGCGACGGCCUGUUAGUGCUUGGUUCUAGUCUGCUCGUUUUUUCCGGCUACCGCAUCGUUCUGCAGACCAAGGACCUCAAGUUGCCGGUGGCGAUUGUAAACAUUGGAGAUACGCGGGCCGACCACUUGGCUGACAUCAAAAUUUCGGCCAAAUGCGGCGAUGUGAUACCUAAACUGUUUGACUACCGCACGAGCGGCUCGGCCAAUAGCAAUAGCUAAUAUUUGUUCUAACCGACGCCACACUAAGCGGAGAAGGGUUUGUUGAUGACAGGGACACUGUGCUGUAGUAUCACAACUUUGUAUGUCUUUAUUUACCCCGAUAAAUUACAAUAACUUUGUGUGUUGAGGAUCGACUUUGACAAUAACGGCGAGAUCUGUGUCUCAGUAACAAACGCCCUCUUCGGUCAUUAGCAGGUUCUACAGCGCCUCAGGAGAUCGUUCCCUUUCUAGGAUGCAGGAUAUUCCUGUGCUGAGUUAUUCUGCGGCUUAUACACAUCGAACUCGUAGAAGGUAAACGAAGGUGAAGAAUAGAUCCCUCUCGGACAGGACUAGAAAAUAUUCCUGAUCAGCCUGGGAAUUCGGAAUCGUCAAUGAUUGCUUCCUUUAAGGUUUUUUAGUUUGGCGAUUGGGAUUUUUCCCUCCGCUGCAGGGGGAUCAAGGUCCUAAAUGUUGAGAUGAUUUCGCCCCUGAAGUCAACGAGCUCGAAACUACACGACAGUCAAAGUUUUCACCAUAGAGUCACUCAUCUUGCAGGAAAAAACGGCUCAGUUGUUUUUGUUGUAGGGGCGCCAAGGCAAGGACACUGCUUCUGGUUUCUGCUAGAUGCGUCGUUGUUCGGGAAGAAGAUCGAUGAAAUCCGGUCGGCAAGGCCUUGCCGUUAGCAUAGAGAACUGCAUGCUUUGCAAAGCCGCAAAGGCUAUUGUGCCAAUAAAUCUGUGCCACCGGGUCAGUUUCAUAUAUGUCAAGUCAUUUUUUCCCUUGUUAAACUUUAAACAAUUAACAAUACACAUGUUUAAUCGCCGAAAAAGUAGAGCGGUGGGAAUUUCAAAGAUGUGAAAAACCGAUUCACACCCGAGUCAAUCCACCAUCACAAAGGUUUGUUCUGAGCUCAGAUCAGCCAUUGCAACGUUGGUUUGACCAAGAUAGCAUAUAAGUGUGAAAACUAAACUUGUUUGUAAAUACAUAAAUAUGCAUGCAUUGUUUUUGUGUA